UUGUACAGACAGCAAUAAUUCGAAAGAAAAUGCGUUCUUUUAUCAUUUUGUGUUUGGUGGCCACCGCUUGUGCCCAAUAUAACUAUGGUGCUGGUGUCAGUUCAGGACCAUCGUAUGGCGAUGCUGGAAAUUAUGGUGCCGGUAGCAGUGUGACUCCCUCUUUUGCUCCUCAAGGUGGAGCUUUGGAAAAGGAAUUCUACACAUUCACUGCCAACGAUGCUGACUUCAAUGAACCCGCUGCCUCCAACCAAUUCAACAAUGCUGCCAAACAGAAUCUCCGCGUUAUUUUCAUUAAGGGUCCCGAAAAUAAUGGUUUGGAAAAUGCUGCCUUGGCUUUGGCCAAACAAGCUGCUGAACAAAAAACCGCCAUCUAUGUUCUCAACAAACAACCUGAUCUUGCUGGUUUGGCUGAUAAAUUGAACGCUGUCAACAACAAUGUGAAUCACAAACCCGAAGUUCACUUUGUCAAAUACCGCACCCCUGAAGAUGCCGCCAACGCCCAAAGAGCCAUUCAAAGCCAAUACGACAGUUUGGGUGGUACUUCUCAGAGCUUCAACGGUGGUGUUGCUCCUGCCUUGAACUUUGCCUCUCAAGCUUCUCAUGGUUCUUACGGUCCUGGUUCUGCUUCUCAUGGAUCUUAUGGUGCUGGUUCUGCUCCAUCUAGCCAAUAUUUGGCUCCCGCUGCCAGUGGAACACCAAGUGAAAGCUAUUUGCCACCUUCCAUCUUGCGUCGUCUUCGUCUCCGUCACAAGUAAAUUUGGUAUAAUUAUUGAGUAGUUAUGUAAGUUUCGUUGGUGUUUUUUCUCCUUUUUGA